UCAGAGCCGAGGGCCCGAGGCACAAGCAAACAUACAUAAAAUUACAUACUCCACAGCAGUAGAAAAACUAGGUCAGAAAAUCAACUAGUAAUGAAAGGGACGAAGCAGAAGAAUUUUCGAAAACGAAAUUUGGACGAUUUGCAAGAUGAUAAUACAACCAACACUAAUCUCGAUGACGCCGAAGAUGAACACCAAAGAAGAUUGGCGUUGGAAGAGAUCAAGUUCCUUCAGAAACAGAGGGAGAAGAAGUCCGGGAUCCCGGCUUUGCUUUCGGGGAAUCAAGGGGCGGGGGCUGUUGGCCCUGUGAUUGCCAAAGGGAGUGAUAAUAAGAAUGAAGUGGAUGGAGAGAAUGAUGAGUUGGUUUUGCAGGAUACUUUUGCUCAAGAAACUGCGGUUAUGGUUGAAGACCCUAAUAUGUUGAGAUAUGUUGAACAAGAACUGGCCAAGAAAAGGGGGAAAGUUAUUGAUGAUGCGAAUCAAGUUGAAAAUGAGAUCAAACAUGCGGAGGAUGAAUUAUACAAAAUUCCAGAGCAUCUUAAAGUAAAGAGACGAAACUCAGAAGAAAGCUCUACUCAAUGGACCACUGGGAUUGCAGAGAUUCAGCUUCCCAUCGAAUACAAGCUGCGUAAUAUUGAGGAGACAGAGGCAGCCAAAAAGCUCUUACAGGAGAAGAGGCUUAUGGGUCGAACUAAAACCGACUCUGGCAUUCCUUCAAGUUACAGUGCAGAUUACUUUCAGCGGGGCAAAGACUAUGCUGAAAAACUUAGGAGAGAACAUCCACAGCUUUACAAAGAAAAAGAUCCCCAGAAAGAUGGUCUAGAAGCUAGGCCUAAUGAUUCUAAUCCAGAUGCAGCUGUCCGAAGGCAAGCUGCCACUGAUGAAAUCAUGCUUGAACGCUUUCGGAAAAGGGAACGAUUUCGUGUUCGAAGAUAAUUUGCCCUUGUGAGCUUGGUGCAGACCCAAUGAAAGGCCUCUACUACUCUUAAUUGGAGAUUAAGCCUCUUCUGUACUUGAUAUAUCUGAAUCGAGCCUCUCUGUUAUACAAUUUGCCAGGCUAUAUGCUGUGUACUUUACAAUACAAAGCUAUGAUACAAAACUGGCCAUAUCAGAACUCUGCUUUAUGUGAAGGUGUGUCCAAUUAUAUCAGAGGAAGGCAUGCUGCAGUAUUAGUUCCAUCUCUUUUCUGGUUUAGUGUAUGUACAAUUUUUUAGGAAGCCCGCCAAAAUUUAUUACUUGUAAUAAGAUUCUGAGCAAUAUGUAUUCUAGAUUCCUGAUUUAUUUAUUUUUUUCGUUUGUUCUGUUUGCCCAAGGAAUGCAGUCUGACGGUUAUUUUUCUUA